GCACCCAGCAGGGUCAGUAUGGUAUUAUGUGAAUUACAUCUCACAGAACUGUUGAAAAAAUAAUCGUGACCCUGAGUUAAGCAAAGAUUUAUCAGAUAUGACAUAAAAAUAUGAUCCACAAAAAUUACAUGUUGGACUUCAUCAAAAGAAGUCAACAAAAAGUUCUUCAUACUGUCCUAUUUCCAUUCUGGAAAGAGAGAAACGAUAGGAAAAAAACCCCACCAGAUCAGUGUUUGGGACGGAAGGGAAGACUAACAGGGGGCAGGGGAAAGCUUUUGGAGAUGACGGCAGUCUCCUCUGUCUCCAUUAUGGCAUUGGAUGCAAGUCUCUAGAACAUUCAGAACUGUUCAUUAAAAAGGGUAAAUAGUACUCUAUGUCGAUCAGACCUUAAUUUUUUCAUGGGAAAAAUAAAUAUAAAGGCAAAAUACACUGCUGCGUUAAGUCAAAUGAUGGAUGUAAAAGUCUAAUACAUACAUAUUUUUAACGAUUUUGACAAAUGCUUCCAAAUCUCUCUCAAGAGAGGUUGAAUCCAGUGCAUACUUCCCCGAUCAGUGAGUGAGUGUUUGAUUCCUUCCACCCGCAUCAGCACAGUGAUCCCAAGGGUCACACUUUUGAUGAUCGCUGGCUCAGUGCUGGGCACACUGCAGGAGUUUCACAGAAGCACAGAUCCCAGGCGCUCGAAGUCCCACAAGAGAAAAAUCCUCACUCCUGAAGCAACUUACUCUUCUGGUGGGGGAAGGGAUGAAGGAGCAUACUGUGUAUGUUAGGGAGGGAGACGGCCUCAGAACUUAGGGAGUUCAGGAUGUUCUGAGUACUGGGUGGGAAACAUUGAAAAAGGAAGGGUGAAAAAGGAAAACAAAACACAUCUGUAAGCGGAGAGGUCUCAAGUGACGACUGUAUCUCAUUCCCGUGCCGCCAGUGCCUACCAAGCCACAUGCAUAGCAAUGAGGUUGUGGGAAUGAACAAAUGAAUGAAUGAGUGGAGAGACUAUAGAAGUUUAGGGUUAGUCAAGAUAAAAUUCUUAGCUUGGGGUUUGGGGGUUCCAGAUCAGUUUAAGAUUGUAGCCAUGCGACUGAAUCUCAUUCCCAUGUCCCCAGUGCCUACCAAGCCCCAUGCAUAGCAGUAAGGUUGUGGGAAAGAACAAAUGAAUGAAUGAGUGGAGAGACUAUGGAAGUUUAGGGUUAGUCUAGAUAAAAUUCUUUGCUUGGGGUUUGGGGGUUCAAGGUCAGUUUAAGAUUGUGGCCAUGCAAGCUUGAGGGCUUUUUGCUUUGAGUCCUGUUAAAAUUAAUGAAAAUGGAGACCAGGCCUGAAGAGUCCCUGAGCAGACAAAAUCAGCCAGGCCUCAUAAGUGACCUCAACCUUGCUUGAUUUGCAAACAUCAGUGAAACUUAACUUGAGCUAUUUCUUAUAAAUGUGUGUAUUAAAGGAAGAACAGAACUUAAGCUCCACCAGUCAGAAGAAGCCAAUGAACUUAUAUAAAUAAGUAGGGUCUUUCCAACAGGCUAGGGCAAAUAGGGGAACUGUAUAACGGUAACCAAUUAAAUAUUUUCUUCGCUUUACUUGUCCUGUGGGAGCCUUCCCCUUGUGUCCCGCCAGUGGAGCUCCUCCGCCUGUUCUGUUUGGAGCUGCCUGAUUCAUGAAUUGUUGUUCGCUCAAAUAAUCCGUUUAAAAUUUUAUUGUGCCUCAUUUUACUUUUUGACAGUCCCAUCUAAGGAGUAGAAACGUAGCACUGGUGAGUAGGGGGAGCAUACAUAACCAUGGGGGGGUCCAACUGGACUCCCACACACUGAAGGAGCAGGUGACACAGCUACUGAACAUCAGAAAUCGAUGCUUCUGACUCUAGGCCUUGGGAUAAGUGAAGGGUGAGGUCUUGGGCCAAGUGCUGGGUCAUUUCCACCGGAGCUGUUGGCUGUACAGGCGAGAUAGGGUUGAGCAGGAGGAAGUGGAGGGGGCUUGCCUGUGUGCUGACGGAGGCUGGAGGCACGGGAGGAAAGGGCUCUUGAGGUGAGGUGGAUGAGGGGAAGCCCUGCGGUGGCUUUAGGAAGCCUGUGGGAGGGACUAGGAGUGUAGAGGGAGCUGGUGGUGAGUAGAGACGACAGGAGGAGAGGCAGAGAGAGGGAUAGAGACAGGAGAUGCAGGGGUAGGGCAGAGGAGGGGCCGCUGGGGUAUGUGUGAGACUGUGCAUGGGCAUGUGUGCAUGUGUGUGUGUGUUUGUGCGAAAGUGAAUAAAAGAGAAAGUAAGAUUGUAUGAGUGUGAGUGCAUGUGCACACACUCAUGUGUGAGAGUACAGAAGCCCCUCCCUCUACUCAAACUUUAUGCCCUGAGCCUUCCAAUUUGGAUUUUUUUCCCCUUGACAAAAGUAAGAUUUCAAGUGGGCAUGUAAGAGGUUAUUUGCAACAGUCAACACAAGUGACUGUUCUGAGAAGCCAGGAACCUGGGAGAGAGAGAGAGGAAGGAACAGAAAGAAUGCAUCUGCAAUGAAUGAAUGAAUGAGAGCUUACACGAACUUCUCUGUGACUGUGUGUAUGUAAGAAACUAGGGUCUGAGAUGCUCCAUCUCAGCCUGAGAGCCUUUACUCCUGGGUCUCUCAGCCCGGAAGAUUCCAGGAAAGUCUAUACCUGAGGUUCCAGAAGCCUCACCUCAACCCCAUAGCUGGAUCCUAGGGACCAGUUCCUGGGGGAGGUUGGGGCAGGCCAGGAGCCCUCUGACUGUUGGCCCUCCCUGGGCUUGGCCCGCAUACUGGGUGGAGCAGCCACACCUGCCUGAAGUUCCGAGGAAAAGGGCGGAAACAGCAGCCAGCACCGCCCUUGCCCUUGUGAUAGGCUCUAUGGGCUCCUGCGGUCGGCUGGGGGCAGUGGGUCCCACACUGCCUCACUUCCCUAAAUGGGUAUCUUCACUUUUAGAACCCCAGGUCCUUCCCUGGCAGGCCCAGGUGGCACGUCCUGUGUCGGCUGGGCCCUCACCUUGGAUCCCCGAGGUGCGCUGGCCCCUUGCGGGGCCUGUGACUGCCCAGCUGGAUGGAGCCAUGGUCCCUGCGCUCCUGCUGCUGCUGCUACUGCUGCUGCCGUGGCCACAGGGCUGCGUCUCAGGUCCCCCCGCUGAGAGCGCAUACACAAAAAUGAGGCUCCUUGAAGGGGAGACUCUGUCUGUGCUGUGCUCCUACAAGGGCUACAGAAACCACGUGGACGGCAAGGUUUGGUGCAAAGUCAGGAGGAGGAAGUGUGAGCCUGGCUUCACCCGAGUCCGGGUGAAGGGACCCCGCUACUUGCUGCAGGACGAUGCCCAGGCCAAGGUGGUCCACAUCACCAUGGCGGCCCUCACGCUCCAGGACUCUGGCCGAUACUGGUGCAUGCGCAACAGCUCCGGGACCCUGUAUCCCAUGCUGGGCAUCCAGCUGGACGUGUUUCCAGCUCCCAAAACUGAGAGGAACGCUCCUUUCACGCAUCCGGCCAACGUCCUCAGGAGUGAAACUGUUACAACUGGCCAAGCCCCUACCUCAGGCCCUGAUGCCCCUUUCACCACUGGCGUGAUGGUGUUCACCCCUGGACUCUUUACCUUGGCUACCCUCUUGGCCUCCACUGGACCUGCCUCCAAGAGAGGCUACAGCUUCACUGGUACCAGCACCACCAGAAAGGGAUCCAGGAGGACCACGGAGUCCCAGACAGUGACUGCGUCUCCCAGCAGUGCCUCUGCUGGCCAAGAACCCAUCUCCGCUAGGUCUGGUCACCCCAGCACCGUAUCGUCCACCACAGGGCUCUGCCCCACCAGCAGGUCUCUCCUCAACAGACUACCCUCCAUCAGGCACCAGGAUGAUUACUCCACUGUGCUUGUGGUGGUGCUGACCUUCCUCCCGUUGCUGAUGCUGAUCGUGGUCUAUGGGUUUUGGAAGAAGAGACACAUGGGAAGCUACAGCAUGUGCAGCGAUCCUUCUAGACAUGACCCACCAAGAAGGCCAGAGCCCCUGUGGAAACCUGCUUGAUCUGAGGCCACUUACACGUGGGGUGGGGAGCUUCUCCCAGAGUGGCCCCAGGGGGUUAGAGGAGUGGUGAAGACUGGGGCCAGUCUGGAUCAGAUGAAGUUGGAGGACUUGUGCAGUGCUGGACUCACCCAGGCCUUCCUAUAACCAGAGGCUGCCCUCCUGAGCAGCCCCACAGCCCGGUGUUCUCCUGGGCUGCAGGAAUCUGGGGAGGGUCCCAGAGCAAAGGGCCUCAGGCAGGAAGUCCCGAGGAAAUGUGUCCAGUGGUUUCUGCUCAGAGCCACAGACUCCGGCGCUCUCGGUGGAGGGCAGGGGAACCCUGGGAGUGCUGUUUACAGAGAACCUCAGCUCCCGUCUGCCUCAGAAACCCUUACUAUCAGGCUGAGCUGCUCCUCCCCACCAGUGCUACUGUGUCCUCCGCUUCCCUCUGCUCUGCUCCAGCUUCCCCUAAGCUUAGGGAAGAGUUGGGCUCACGAGUCCCAGAGGCGGCGAUGUCCCAUCCUGGAGGAGAGGAGACAGUGACUAAGCACUGGGGACCCACAGAGGGAUUGGCACCUUCCCCCUUCAGGCCACGUGUCCUCUACUGGUCCUCUGGAUGGCCCUGCCCUGACUGGGGCUGCUCCUCCCUCCUGUUCGGGGACCCUGCAGAGCCCAUGCUCUCACUGCUGCCACCUACUGGCCGCUGCCUCCUAAGAAACACGCAGCUAAGAGCCUCUAGGCUGCAGGGUCAGUUUCUCCCCCGACUGAAGCUGAGAGGCUGGACUUGGGGCUCUUUCCCCCAGCUUCUACAUCUGGGCUCCAGGUCUGAGUUCCCACAGGGGACUCAGCGGCCUUCAGCAAGUCCACACCCUGGGGUGGCUGAGACCUUGGCUCUGUGUGGAGGGUGCUGACGCAUGGCUCAGACUCAGCCUCUACUGCACAGACCACCGGCCUGGGGUCCGGCAAUGAAGGCUGGAGAAUGCAGCCUGGAUUUCCAACCCCAGAGAGGAGAGUCUACUGACCAAGAGUGACUGGAAUAGCACCUAGGGAUAAAUGUGACAACUGUGCAUUCAACCCUGGGUCAGGGACGUUCCAAUGGCCAGGAGAGUGACACAGCCAGGACCCUGGUGAUCGACCAGAGGGGGUCACUUCAGGAUGGAUGUGGGGAGAGCGGAAGGGGCAGGGAGUAAUCCUGGGGAACAGCCGGGAAGAGGUACUUCUUCCCUAUGUCCAGGAGGGGGCAAUAGAAGGAAUACUGAGGCUGAAGAACUGACAGCUCUGGUCCCAUCCAGGACACACACAAACACACACACACACACACACACACACACAUCUCUGUCUA